GUCUAUUUUUGUGAUACUUUUUGUUUGCUUUAUUUAAAGAAUGUUUGAUUUAGAAUGUUCUACAUGUGUAGAUUCUGCAGACCUGCAUCUUGAUUGGUUUGAGAAUAACUGUCUCUGUGGUUUGUGGGUGUGUUUGGUAGGAUAUGCAGUGCGUGACAAUACAGAUGGAACCACCAACAGAAGAGCCAACACCUGCAGGAGGUAUUCGCAGCUGGCUAAGAGGAAUCUGGAACAGAUUUUGUGUCCAGCCAUCAAAUGAGAUGAAACUGCCCGAUGAUAAAAAUCCAUCAAUAGUGUGGGAUCCAGAUAAGAAAAGGUGGACACAUGUAGAUGGAGAUGGAGGAGAUAGCUUGCCCCCACUACGUAGAGCCUCAGAACUCCCCAUAAUGGCACAGAGUGUGUAUCCUGCAUCUGGUUCAAAUGUGGACAGACUGACUGGGCCAGGGAGAGGUAGCAGUUCAAGAGACAUAAUAAUGGAGUACUACUGUAGAAUUGGGUGCAUUCAGGUUUGGAAUUAGUUGUACAGUGUAACCCCUUGUUUUCACUUUUCUUGGAAUUGAUGAAAAUUCAUGUAAAUUUUGGGGAUAGUUUGCAUUACACAAAAUGCAAAAGUCAUAAGCUAAGUAUGAAUAUCACCUUUUCUCUUAAUGAGAGUGCUCAGGAAAUAAGGCAACUAAAUUACUCAGAAUUUUAUGGAAAUUGUUACAAUGUAUAAUUCCCAUGAACAGAAGAUAU